AUGUGGGCACAGGUGUUGCUAUUUGCUCUCGGAGCUGCACAGCUCGGCAGAGCCGCCAACAUCACUCUCUACAAUGUCGUCGCUACCACCACAACGACAGCGGCUGCCGAUGCCACCUAUACGGGUCUGGCCGCCUACGACACCACCGUUCUCUCGGCCCCCGCAGCUCCAGACCCACCCACAACUGCCCUGACUGUCAGCAUCCCCAUAGACGUUUGGGGCUCUGGAAACUUGCUUUCGAUCAAGCAAAAGGGCAACUUCCUCGGACUCUCAGUAGAGUUGUCGGUGGCGGAGAACGUGUUGGGGAGUGACGCUGGUUCGCUCAAGCCCAUCUUCUUGAACUACUUGGCCAACAUCCGCAACCGUGCAGGCGCGGGCGUGCUGAUCCGCGUGGGCGGCAACACCCAGGAGAAGAGCACGAUCCUUGUCGACGGGCUCUCGGACGGAAGCUCCAUUGACAAGAUGUACAACGACGGCGACACUGUUACAACGACUCCCAUCAUCAACUAUUCUCUCGAGCUUCUGUACACCAUGGGCAACAUUUCGGCCCUGACCGACACGGCCUGGUUCUUUGGCCUUUCCUUCAACGAGUCCGCUGUCCAAAGCCAGUCCCCCAACGUCCCUCUCGCUGCGCACUGGGCCCAGACGAUCCUGGGCGACUAUCUUCUUGGCACGGCGAUGGGAAACGAACCUGAUCUUUACGUUGAUCACUCUGACCGCGACGGCAACUGGACUGUCAACGACUAUUACAACGAGUUCCAGACGAUGCGUGAUGACAUUCUCAGCCAGGGUGAUCUCCUCAAGACCCAGUUCCUCAUGGGCCCCUCGGUCUGCUGCCAGACGGCGGGCUUUGACGUGGUGGACGUCUUCAACACUGGUUGGCUCACCGACAAUCUCGAGUAUCUCUCACAUGUGACUGUUCAGCACUACCCGACCAACAACUGCCAGAUCAACGGCAACGUGAUCGACGCACAGUCAAUCUUUCCCGACUUCCUCAACCACACGAACCCGCGUGAAAUGGCUGCCCUCUACACUGCGAGUGCACAGGAGGUGGUGGCCCAGGGCAAAGAGAUUCUCAUGCUCGAGACCAACACUGCCUCAUGUGGCGGUUUCGCCGGUCUGAGCGACUCGUUUGGCGCUGCCAUGUGGAUGGUCGACUGGUCGCUCCAGCUGGCCUACACCAACUUUUCGGCUGCACUCAUGCACGUGGGUGGCCAGAACGUCUACUACAACCCUUUCACCCCUCCUCCCGGCAAGUAUAAGAACUACGGCUGGACUACGGGUUCAAUCUACUACUCUGCCCUCAUUGUGGCCGAGGUCUUUGGCUCGUCCAACAACUCGCAGAUCAUCGACCUCUGGCCCGCCGCCGACUUUUUCCCCCAGUACAUCAUCUACGAGGACGGCCUCCCUGUCCGUGCCGUCUUGUUUAACUACGUGACCGACGGCAGUGGCGGAUCCGACUACACCGCCAACCUCUCGUUCAAUGGCUCCACCAUCGGUGACACUGUCAGUGUCCGCUACUUCCGCGCCGCCAGCGUGAGCGAGCAGAUCAACAUUACGUGGGCUGGCCAGACGAUGGGUGGAUACCAGUACGCCUCGGACGGUCGCCUCUCUGGCGAACUUACCACCGAGCAAGUGACGUGCUCGAACGGCGAGUGUGCCAUCACCGUUCCUGCCCCGUCCAUCGCUGUCGUCUUCUUCACCGACCAGGCGCUUGCCGACUCGUCUGUCCCCGACGAUGCGGUUGUGAGCUACUCGACAUCCAUCAUCGGCUCGGGGAAAGCCACAAUCGCGGCCGGCGCAAUGAUUACAGGCAACGGUAUCGCUCCCCCGAAAUGGAUUUACACCAGCGCGGCAACGCGCUCCCAGCAGGUCCAGAUCGGUGUCGGUGUCCUGGCUGUUACAGCUGCAAUUGCGCUGGGCGUCGCUCGCGCUCCUCCCGAGUGGUUGAAGCCUCCACAUACCCGUUCACAUACGCUUUCAAAUAUCUAG